CCCAUUUCCACCAACAUUCAUAGUGAAAAAAGAAAGAAAGAAAAGAGAGGGAAAUGACAAAUGUGAUUGGUGAUGUGAUGAAAAAAAAGAAGAGACACCUAAAAUUACUAUUUACAAUUUUUUAGAUAAGUUUUUCAUUUUUAAUCAAAUUGGAUAAAUACCUCCCAUGGUUAACCACAAAAAAAUAAGGGAAUGAGAUUAUCCUUCCUUCCUUAUCUUUUGUCUACAUCAUAACGACCAAAUGAAUGAACCUGUCACUCCCAACUGUCUCUUCUUCAUCUUCUCCUUUUCCCUCCCAGGAUUAAACUAAGAUGGUUACAAGCAUUACCAACAUCUCUGAUGCUGGUUUUCCAUUCCUUCAUACCUCAAUUGAAAAAUCCCAAAAUUCUAAUCAGCCCCAAUCCCCCACUUUGAAAUUCACUCACUUCAAAGCAAAAGAUACACAACCACUCCAACAAAAACCAAAUGUGCAGCUCAACUUGGACCAAACACAACAAAUCCAUGGCCACUUCAUCAAAACCAGUUCUAGUUGCAGUUUUCAACUCCCUAUUCUUGCACUUGGAUACUAUUCAAGUGGUGCAGCAAUUUACAGCUUCCUCAUAACAUCUUACAUAAAAAACAACUGCCCUGAAAAUGCAGUGAAAAUCUAUACCUAUAUGCGUCGAACGGACACUGAAGUGGAUAGCUUCAUUGUCCCAUCAGUUCUCAAAGCAUGCUCUCUCAUACCUUCAUUCCAACUAGGAGAAGAGGUGCACGAUUUCGUGGUGAAAAAUGGAUUCCAUGGGGAUGUUUUUGUAUGUAACGCGUUAAUCAUGAUGUAUGGCGAGGGUGGGAGCCUGGGAUAUGCACGCCAAUUGUUUGAUAAAAUGGUUGGCAAAGAUGUUGUUUCUUGGAGUACUAUGAUUAGGAGCUAUGGUAGGAAUAGGUUGCUUGAUGAGGCAUUGGAUCUUUUGAAGGAUAUGCGUGUUGCGGGAGUAAAGCCUAGUGAAAUCGCAAUGAUAAGUAAAAGCUCCACGUCAAGGCUUCCGAAAGGGGAAAGGUAGUCGGGGAGAGAAAGAUGAUACAAUUGAUUGUGCUAGAAUGAGUUCUGAUGCCAAAGGUAUUCUCGCCAAUAUAGAGUAUAUACAAAUUAUAUCCCGUUUUCUGACGUUAAAAAAUGGACGAUGUGACCGUUAAAUGCUACAUCAGCAUCCGGAAAGGGGGAUUUGACCCUAAAUCAUUUUUCCUCUUAACUAUUUGUAUGACUUCCUUGGAACG